CCUCCUAAAUUUCCUUUUUUUAUACUGGCAGCACAUGGUUGUAACGAUUUCAUUCAUUCGUUUGGGUACGCCUCUAGGAGAGAAUCAAUCACUCAUUCAUUUGGUGCCCAUCUCGUUUUUUUGUAAUUUCGCUUUCAUUCGUGCUUUUCGCUGAUGCGCGUUGCACGGAUCGCGCGUUGCGUUGAUAGCGAAGCGGACCUGCAUAUUUCUUGUGUGUUUUUAAAUAUAGAUGGAUUCUCGCACGCUUAAAUACAUGUUUCUAAUAAAUAGAUUAAUCGUGAAACCAGUGUUGACAACUAUGACCGUGUGUAUACCUUAAGUUUGCAUGGUUUCCAUGCAAUAGUGCAACAAGCGUUCGAGUCGCAACGAGCCCGUGUAAACAAGAAAGGAUUUCGUCUGCAAGAUGCCUACGGACUCGGAAUGCGAAUGUGAGACGGUGUCGAAGGAAUGGUUACUUGCGAAGCUGCGGUCAGAUGAGAGAGACACGGUGCUAAUUGACUGCCGGGGCUCGAACGAAUACGCGGUGUCGCACAUCCGGUCGGCGGUAAACUUCUCUAUCCCGAGCAUCAUGCUGCGAAGGCUGGCUGCGGGCAAGAUCGAGUUGGCAUCGACGGUGCAGUGCAAGGAGCUGAAGGCGCGCAUCGUGUCGUGUCGUGCGCGAGGCACGUUCGUGCUAUACGGCGACGGUGCGCCGCGGGACCCUGACACGGUACACGGCAUCCUGCUGCGCCGCCUCAAGCAGGACGGCGUGCAGGUCGUCUGCUUGCAAGGUGACUUCCCGGAGUUCCACCGCGCCUAUCCGGAAUGGUGCAGUGAGGCGGGCGCCCAGCAUGUGCCCCACCUGCCGCUCAUGGGACUGAGGUCUCUACGCAUCUCCGGGUCGGGGUGCGAGGAGGGCCUGUCGUCGGGCUCCUCAUCGGAGUGCGAGGAGCCGCACGCGCUCGCCCCCGACUUCCCCGUCGAGAUCCUGCCCAACCUCUACCUCGGCAACUCCACCAACAGCGAGGACUGCGACGCGCUCGCCAGGCACAACAUCAAGUACGUGCUGAACGUGACGCCGGACCUGCCCAACGCGUUCGAGGCGGCGGGCGGUGACAUCAGCUACCUGAAGAUCCCCAUCGCCGACCACUGGAGUCAGAACCUCGCCGUACACUUCCCGCAGGCCAUACGGUUUAUUGAGGAGGCGAUGUCGGCGCGGUGCGGCGUGCUGGUGCACUGCGUGGCGGGCGUGUCGCGCUCGGUGACGGUGACGCUGGCCUACCUCAUGCAGCGCCACCGCCUGUGCCUGCGCGACGCCUUCGAGCUCGUGCGCGCGCGCAAGACCGACAUCGCGCCCAACUUCCACUUCAUGCGCCAGCUGCACGCCUUCGAGCGCGACCUCGGCCUGCACGAGCGCAGCGCCAGCCUGAGUAAGGUCUGCACCGUCACACGCCUCCCCGCCCCGCCUCCACCCGUGCCUUCUGCAAGUACACUCGGCGUCAAAUACUUUGUACCGGUCAAACUACUAAAUAUAUGGUGUACCGAACUAUUUGGCUACUUCGGUUGCUACAAAGUAUUUGACGCUGACUAUACCAAUACAGGUUACGAUAUCUGUCCGGCGCCUUUUUACAUUAAUCCUUUAUCAGUUCUGUUCACGGCUACAAGAACCUUAGAUAACUUUUCACUUAGUCUCACCUGACUUAAUUUUCAUCUGAUUUUUUUUUAAGUAAUGUGCACAAUUUGACACAUUUUAGCUGAAUUGCUGUUGACUUAAACAUACAUUCAAAUUGUUGAUAUUGGUAGUUAAUUUAACGUAAACUGACUAAUUAUUACCGUAGCCGGAUAUCAAAUAAUAUCACUUUUGUGUCAUCAAAAUUUUCCGCAAUCUAGAAAGUACUACUAAACUACUACAUUAUUCCAAUUGUAUAUGGUUUGUCAGAUUAAGCUUUAAAGGCACAAUUAGAAUGUCCUGGAAGCCUGACAAACUAUAACAUAGCUCAUAAAGCACACGUUUUAUUAGUUAAUAAAGCCCAGGAUAUGUUGUAAAUAAAUUUUCGAACCGAACACCUUGAACUAUGAGGUAAAAACCAUAGUUAUCGUUAUAGCAGCAAGUCAUUUGAAAGCGCACUCGACAGUCACAUUUAGCAGCCUCUAAUAUACGUUAUAGCAUAGAUACCUCUUAGACUUAUCCUCGCUUAUACCUGCUAAAUUUCAAACAUAUUCCUAAGACUCGCUUUUGGCUUCUGCUGAAUGUUGGCGCUCACAAAUGUAUGUAUGGGCGCGUGCAGAACUAUUGCGUGCGUUAUAUAAACUCAGUCGUCGCUAAAGGCCCGCUUUACACAUCGAUUACUCCUAGUAAUCGCUCUUAGUACUUGCAAUUGAGAUUAAUCAAUGUGUCAAUCGGGCCCACGAC